AUGGUAAAUCUCCCACCAGUAAAUAGUUAUUUAGAUAUUUGUGGGGUUCCCAGAAGGGCUAGCGAUAUUCCGUUUAGUAGUAGAACGCAAAACGAGGCGACUGGGGGUUUUAGUAAACUAGAGGGAGUGUUCAUAGGGAAGGGUACAGAAGCAGGAAUGAGAAAUAGACCGCAGUUUUUGACGCAGAUGUCACAGCCUUGUGGAGAGAGUUCCAGAGUAUCGGGGACUAUGCCGAGGAAAACAUCAUUGACGACUGAAUCGGCCAGCAAGCAUCCCCGUUUCACAACUACAAAAGUGGACGAAGCAGAACACGCAGCUUCUAUCGGUUUGAACAAUAAUUGGCCCAGGAAGAGCAAGAACAGUAAGGAACAGAAUUCGGAAAAUGCAAAUAAGGAUAAAAAUUUUGAUUUUAGAGAUGAUUAGUAUUAGUUACUGCUGAAUUCCUAAUAGCUUUAACCGAUUUUGUUCAUUAAAAAUGUUAUAUUGUUACAGACAGUACUUUUGAUUAAGUUAUAAUCAACGUUACCUGGUUUUAUAAUGUAGUAUUUAAGUACACCAGUAUUGUUUUAAGAUUAACUUUAUUUUGUAUUAAAAAUAUUUUUUUUUCAAG